AUGGGUCUUCGCAUAUUCUCGUAGAAAGUUGCCUUAUAUUUUCCAAGACAUGAAACGCAAGAACUAUCAUGAUGGAAAAUUGAAUUCAAAACGGAAGACGAAUGAACCCAUUUUAAAUAUGAAUCAAUUGGUUCGAAGGAAAGUAGGUAACCCUCGUGUUUCAAGGCCUUGUUCCUUAAUUAGCUCGGAGAAAUUUCCCGCUGCGUGCAAGGGAUUUGUUCAUCAACUUUACGAAAACUGCGGUGGAAUUUUAAAAGGGGUUUACCCAAUUCCCUUUGUUUUCUAGUCAUCUACGUGUUGUUUCAUGCUAUAUAUAGAUACACAGCAUUUAGGUUGCCAGCCCACCACGACCCGCCACCCUCAUCCAUCGGUUUGCUCCUUGCUGUGCCACCGUUUUCAGAAUUUGAGCAUUUAGGAGAGAAGGAAGUAGGUGGGUUUUUAGAGAGAGAGAGAGAGACAAAGAGAGAGAGAGAGAGAGAGCGAGAGAGAUGGGGGGAUGCUUUUCAGAUAUGAAAGGAGGGAGCCAGGCCGUGGGAGGGGCCCAGCCGAUCCUCAUGGCCGGGGACACUGACCACAAUGAUGCUGUCGAUUUCUUCUUUAAAUCUCGCGGCCAGCAUCCACUCUUCUCGCAAAUCGAGUUGUCUUUAUCAGCUUCCAAGUUACUUGAUCGUGACAUCAUUUCAAAGAGUGAUCCUAUGACAGUAGUCUAUGCAAAGAAAAAGGAUGGAACACUUGAGGAACUUGGCCGCACAGAAGUUAUAAUGAAUAGUUUGGAUCCUGCUUGGAUUAAAAAAGUUCCAGUUUCUUUUCACUUUGAGAUUGUUCAGCCAUUGGUGUUUCAUGUGUAUGAUGUGGAUACAACAUUUCACAAUGUGCCUGUAAAGAUGUUGAAGUUGAAAGAUCAAGAAUUUCUUGGGGAGGCCAAUUGCGUUCUGUCUGAGAUAGUUACUCAAAGAAGUCAGAGUUUGACGCUGAGUCUUCAUAACAGAAAUGGGCAUCGCGGGCUGAAAAACCUAGGGACACUCACUGUCCAUGCAGAGGAGACGGUUGCUUCAAAAAAUGCUGUUGAGAUGACAUUACGUUGUUCUAACUUGGAAAACAAGGAUUUGUUUUCCAAAAGUGAUCCAUUCUUAAGAAUAUCUAGGAUUGUGGAGACUGGAGGUUCUGUUCCAAUUUGCAAGACAGAAGUGAUGAACAACAACUUGAAUCCAACAUGGAAACCUCUAUGUUUAACCAUGCAGCAUUUUGGAAGCAAGGACAACCCACUAACUAUUGAGUGUUUUGAUUUUAAUAGUAGUGGCAAGCAUGCACUUAUUGGAACACUUCAGAAAUCAGUGGCAGAGCUGGAAAAACUUCACCAGGAUAAAAACGGUGCAAAUUUUACUUUGUCAUCCUCUGCUUACCGAGGUCAUGAAAAGAUUUCAAAGGGUCAACUUUUUGUGGAUGGAUUUUCUGAGAAGAAACUUUACAGUUUUAUUGAUUACAUCUCUAGUGGAUUUGAGCUAAACUUUAUGGUGGCUGUUGAUUUUACUGCUUCAAAUGGAAAUCCUCGAAGUGUAGAUUCUUUGCACUACAUUGAUCCUUCAGGCCGGUUGAAUGCUUAUCAGCAGGCCAUAAAAGAGGUUGGGGAGGUCAUACAAUUCUAUGAUUCUGAUAGGAGCUUCCCUGCCUGGGGCUUUGGAGGACGUCUGUACGAUGGUUCAGUAUCUCAUUGUUUCAACUUGAAUGGAGAUGCAACUGGCUUUGAGGUUAUGGGAGUAGAAGGCAUCAUGACUGCUUAUGCAAAUGCUUUGCACAAUGUUACUCUUGCAGGACCAACUUUGUUUGGUACAAUGAUCAACAGGGCUGCUGAAAUUGCUGGCCAAUCCCUAUCCAAUAAUAGCAACAAGUAUUUUGUUUUGCUGAUUAUAACGGAUGGGGUCCUUACUGACCUUCAAGAAACGAAAGAUGCUUUGGUGAGGGCAUCUGAUCUACCCCUUUCAAUUCUUAUUGUUGGAGUAGGUGGAGCAGAUUUUAAAGCAAUGGAGAUCCUCGAUGCUGACAAUGGGCAUCGAUUAGAGAGUUCUACUGGACGGGUAGCUACACGAGACAUCGUACAAUUUGUUCCAAUGCGUGAAGUGCAUGGUGGGCAGAUCUCAGUCGUUCAGGCUCUCCUGGAAGAGCUACCUAGUCAGUUUUUGACAUACAUGCGAAGCAGAAACAUCCUACCAAUUCGCCAACAACUUGAGUAACCCACUGGAAUUCCAAAGUGCUGUAAAUGUUGUAUGAAUUUCCUUUCUGUAAAGCGCGAACAUGAUGAUCCACAUACCCGAUGUGAAAAAAGAAAUUGCCCAGCUUUUUACAGUUAGCUUAGAAAUAUGGGGAGGGAAAAAAUUUUUACCGGAGACCAAGUGUGUUUGGAAGAAGUCUCAAAUCGGGAAAGUAAAGGCUGCCACACCAUUACAAUAUUGCGGGUACCGCAUAUGUCAAAAACCAUUUCAUCAGAAUGAUUCAAGCGCAUGCAUGUAAGUAACUGUGCUGGAAUUUGUUUUGUGAAGGGCUUGCUGUUAAAUGUAAACAGAAACAUGAUUUCGAAAUAUGUACAUAUACUAUUCUUUCUUAGCAAUCAAUAUGUAAAUUUAUAUUA